UACGUAAAUACUACUCUAUUUUGCAUUAUAACUGGUUGAUGUGUUAUCAUAAAAUAUCUGUGACGCUUAGUGAUCAUAAGUGACCAUACAUGUGUGUUUCAAACUUGGAGCUCACGCCUCUUCGAGCCUACGUCUCUGCUACCAGACACUUGCAGAUAACUUUGUUGGUGUCAUAAUGUCAGAGUCGUACGCCCGUGAGAUACUGCGUAGGAAUGUUGCGCAGAUAUGCCAAACCAUAGGGUGGAAUGGUAUAAACUCAACACCUUUAGACAUUCUGGUCCAUGUAUUGGAAAAGUAUAUUAGGACAGUUGGGACUCAAGCAAAUAGAUAUGCCGAACAAUUCAACAGGACUGAACCAAAUUUAAAUGACCUAGGAUUAGUUUUUCAAGACCUGAAUGUUCAGCUACCAGAACUAGCAGAGUACACGCGCUGUGUUCCUUCAGUACCAUUACCAAUCCAUGUUGACAAGUUUCCGAAGCCGAAAGAGUCAAACUUGAAUUUUCUUAAACCUGGCAGCCAUGAAGUCGUCACAAGACCAAUGCAUGUUCAUGAGCAUUUACCUCCUAUGUAUCCUGAAAAGGAACGGGAUACUCCUGCUGUUGCAGGUAUAGUGGAAAUACAACAAAAUGGUACUGAGAAUAUUGAAACCGGCACUGUUGCCUGUGCCAGUCCAGAAAUAUCUAUCACAGAUAGUCCAGAGAAACCAAAAGACAUAUUUAAGAGACCUACAGAUCCAGUUUCAUUGCCUAACAGCAAAAGACCAAGGUUAAGACUGGAUGAAGAAGAAAGAACUAGAGAAAUCAGCAGUGUUAUGAUGACAAUGUCAGGAUUUUUAUCACCUGCACGUGAAGGCAAGCUUCCUGAAGCUAGGCCACCGACUAUCAUGUCUGAGAAACACAAUGAAAAACAUAAAACCACCUCCCAUCAUGCUAAUCCUGCUAAAGUAUCAACAUUAGAGAAAAGUGACAAGAAGUCUAAGAAAAAUAAGUUAAUAAAUGGGAAAAUAAUGAAAAGUAAAAGGAAAGACAAAAGCCACAAAGGUGAAAGUAGCAAGUCUAAAGACAGUAGCAAGCAGAAUAAAUAUCCUCCAGGACAUGUAAAGGCAUCAAAAGAUGUUCAACAUUCACAAAAUCAUGUGCCUAAGCUGGCACCAAAAGCAACAGUGACUGGCCCUAAACCUGUAAUUCCUCCGGCACCUCCUGCCCCUGAACUCAUAAAGCCUGUCAUCAAACAAGAGCCAGUUGAUUCACAAGCGCCUAAAAGUGUUGUGCCCAGUGAAGAUGCUAUACCUGUUCCAAGGAAAAUACCUAUUUCAAAGUCACCUUUAGUCUCCAAUACUGCACCUGUUCACAAACAGUCAUCAACUAAUACCCUAAUACCAGAAACUGAAAUUAAAAAGGAGACUAUUGAUGAAGAGGAAAAAUUGGCCUCACAACCAGAUAGAUCAAAGAUUAAUAUAUUUAAACGAAUAUCGAACAAAUCCAAAGAGGAUAAAGUUGCUCUUGAGGUUGUUCCAGAGAAAUCACAGUCUGACAGUAUGAUCUCAAAAGUGCAGAGUUCUGCAAAUGAUAAUCCAAGCGAAAACAAGAAAAAUGAAAAUAUAAACGAAAAUAAAAAACCUGAUGAAACUCUUUUGAACAAUAAUGAUAAUAGCACUGUUGAUUUUUUUAACAAAGGGUUAGACCUGAGAGCCCAUGAAGUUAUAAGCAUAGUUGAUGAUGACUCUAUGGAUUCAGCUUCAGCCCCACAGUCCAAAGCAGUACUUCCAGAGCCCCAUCUGAAUAUUUCUCUUGACAAGACCUUGCAAGUACCAUAUUCCAAAGAUAUAGCUAGUGUCAGUCCAAAAAUUAAGAAAGAAAAGAAACAUAAAGACAAAAAAGACAAAGCAACUAAACUUGUAGCUAAGCUUGUCAAAAAGCAACAGCAGCAACUUGCAUUUGAAAUGGCACAAGCUGAGAAGCACAAUGUGAAGAUGGGAAAUACUAAACCUUCAAAAUCAAGUAGGCCAAAGAAUGAAUCUAAUGUUUUGCCUCAGAUUCCACCUCAUCAAUUUAUUCCUUACAUGCCCAUAGGAAGAAAUUUAUUGCCAGGUCCAGGCUUAAUACCAAAUCAAAGUCUCCUUCCAGGGACAAGUGAUUUCCUUGCAGGCUUUGCUAACAAUCCAGCCUUACGAGGAUUAACUUCUCCUAAUUUGCUUACCAAUCCAUUUGCUUUGGGUGCAGGUGGACCUGGACUAAUAACAGGAGGAGGAUUUCUGCAGUCAGGUAUUCCCAAUCCCCUAAUCCACACUUUUCCCCAAUCAUCUCGUACUUCGUCAGUCAAGAUCCCACCUAUGUUGCGUCGUCCCAGCUUAGAAGUUAUUCCCGUGGAUAACGACAACGAAAGAGACAUGCAUAAAUCUCCAAUGAUGGGACGCGAUAAAGAUCGCCAUGACAAGCACAAAUCGCCUACAAUUCCAAAUAUUUUGCAGAAACACAAGUCCAAAUCGCAUAAGGAGAAAUCAAACAUAUACAAAAUGCCUCCUGUGCAACCAGACAUAACAAUAGAGCUUAAUCCGCCUAAAGUUGAGACUGUUAGGCAAGAACCCCCAAAAGAGACUUUGAUUUGUGUACAAUCACCGACUCCUGAACCUAUACCACCACCUAAACUUGAUCCAAUUCCUCCUCUGCCUCAACCAUCAGAAACAGUUACAUUGCCAGCUUCUGAAAUUCUUCCAGAGAGAGUUGUUGAACAUGUUGAAAAGAAAAAAGAUAAAUCACACAAGAAAGAUAAGAAGGAUAAAGAUGGCACUAAAAUAAAAAAGAAAAAAGAUAAAAAAGAUAAAACUAAAGAUAAAUCUGAAAGGAAGAAAGAAAAAGUAGAGAUGAAAGAAAAAUUAAAGAAAGAAAAAAAGGAAAAGAAGAGAGAAAAAGAGAAGGAGAAAGAGAAAGAAAAGGAGAAGUCUGCUGAUGGAUUGGUACCAAAACUAACUCUGAAGCUCAGUUCAUCUAAUUCUAAUUCACCAAUGCCUCCAAGCUCGCCUGAUGUUUUUAAGUUGAAUAUAAAACCAGUUGUCAAGAAAGAGGAAGAAGAGACAUCUCUUUCCAAAGACAAAGAGGAGCCAGUUUCUCGAGAACACAGUCACUCACCUGAGCUUGCACAAAUCUCAGCUCUUGUUACUAGACCGCCAAAACAAAAGCAUUCAAAGCAUAAUCAUAGCUCUGAGAUGGAGCCUCAGUCAUCUUCACCUCCAACAGCUAGUUCUCCACCUUCGAAACAUCGACCUCCAUCAAGUCAUUCCAAAUACAAGAGAAUACUUUUCAAGUCUUUAUCAAAAAAAGGUCACUUUGAAGACGAUAUGAGCUCAAUGUCAGAAGAGCCCACAGCAGCGCCAUCACCAGCUCCUGCUGCUGAACCCAGUGCACCUUUGCCAACUCCCUAUUAUAUUGAUGAGCAUGGGAAUAAAAUAUGGGUAUGUCCAGCUUGCGGUAGACCUGACAAUGGUUCGCCAAUGAUCGGUUGUGACGGCUGUGAUGGCUGGUACCACUGGGUAUGUGUCGGCAUAACCGAAGAGCCAGGCGCGUCAGAAGACUGGUUCUGCCAUGGGUGUAUUUCAAAGCUAGGUACUAUGCCCUUAUCUAGCGUGUCGUCCGGCAAAAAACGAGGUAGAAAACCUAAAGGAGAAAAAAUCAGAGACUGUCACUAAAAUGGACAAUUUUUUGUUGCUGAGAUUAGAUGUAAUUUUCCUGUAUAAGUGAUAGGAGUAAAUGGAAUGAGAGUUGUUAAUGGAUUACUUGUUGAAUGAUAUCAUGAAGAAAAUGUUUCAUCAUUUAUAAUGUUAUAUCAUAGGCUAGAAGUAAGCAUAGAUCAUAAUUAAGAAUAUUAACAUUAAAUGUUGAACAUAAAGUAAUGUAGUUACUAAUUGUAAUAAUUACCAUAGGUUUUAAUAUUUUGUUACAAUUUCUUUUAUUUCUCGUUCGCUCGAUUAGAUCAAGAUGUGUGAGUAUGUUAUACACAGCUCGCGUGUAAACAUAGAGAAUAAUAUAAGUUUUUUUUUACAUUGUACAAAAACUGAACUUUAGAAAUCGGUGAUGUAUAAAAGUAACGUAGUGAAUAUAUUUAAAUGAACAGAAAGAAGGCUGGAUGUACAUACUUUCAGUCAAUAUUUGAAUAUUUUCAUAUUAUAAUUUUAAUAUAACCAUG